AUGAAGUACUUAUUUGCACUAUUUAUUUUUGCGUUGGUUGCGGUAUCUUCGUGUGUCGCAAGUGAUCUCAUUGUCGGCAGUUCUUUAAAUAGUCGUUUAAUAUGGCAACAAAAAGCCGAAUACAUGGCUUUUCCAUUCACAAAGAGGGUUAAAGAAGUAUUCUAUAGCGAACCAGGCCAGCAAAUUAUUAGGAGCAUUAUAGCAAGAGAUCUCAACCAUUCCGAAGCAAGUGCUACCAUAACUGCCGGUGGAAUAGGAUUCCCUUUUGUUAAUAUCCGACUCAAGAGCGAGAGAGGCAGCGGACUUAAUUACUUAAUUGAAGUAUACGUUUGA